AACUCAUUGCUUACAAAAAUCUGAAAUUUGGGUUGGGCUUAGUAUCAUUACCAAUUGUAAAUCGGUAAAUCACCACAAAACUAUAAUCAGUGUCUUAUACACACCGCACUCUAUUCCUCCCUCCAAAUCCAAACCUCCCAAACUUCCCUAACCAGCGACUAGGGUUAGGGUUUUUCAUCCUUCAAUAGAGACCAAUGGCCAGGUAUCGUAGCCGCAGCCGUAGCCUAAGUAGAAGCUACAGCCCCCCUCGCCGCCGUAGCAGAACUCCGCCACGUGGACGCAAGCGUUACGACGACGACGAGCCUCGCGACCGCUACCGUGACAGCCGCUCUAACCGAGACCGCCGCUCGCCGGCUCCGUGUGGCUUGCUCGUUCGCAAUCUUCCUCUUGACGCUAGGUCAGAUGAUCUUAGGAUCCCUUUUGAGCGCUUUGGUCCAGUGAAGGAUGUGUAUCUUCCUAAGAAUUACUAUACCAGGGAGCCACGUGGCUUUGGGUUUGUGAAGUACCGUUAUGCAGAGGACGCAGCUGAAGCAAAGCUACAAAUGAACCAUACACUUAUUGGCGGACGUGAAAUAAGGAUUGUUUUUGCUGAGGAGAACAGAAAAACUCCCCAAGAAAUGCGCACAACAACUCGUGUAAGCGGAGGAAGCUCUAGAAGAAGAAGAACUCCACCUAGGUCUCCUAGAGGGCAUUAUCGUUCUUACUCGCGGUCAGUUUCACCUCUUAGGCGUGACUCAAGGGACCAUGGAGCUAGGGAGCAUUAUCGCUCCCCUGUGCAGUCUAGAUCAAUUUCACGAUCUCCUUCACCACGUGAUGAAAGAGAAUAUAGGCGGUCCCAUAAUCCUAUGGAGAAUGGACGGAGUCCACAUGUUGAGAGAGACUACAGUAGGUCCCCAAGUCCAAGGGAGAAUGGUCGGGAUCGGCGUGAUGAGAGAGUCUAUGCACCUAGCAGGUCAAGGAGUCCGAGGGGUAAUAAUCACAGUCCGAUGUAGUGCGGUCAUACAAAGUGGACGAGCAGGAAGAAGGAAAAGAAGCAACACGGCAAUGGGAGGUUGUUUGGGAUGAUGAUGAUGAUGUCAAUGACGACUUCGCAGUGCAGCUGAAGAAAGAACUGGAGAGCAACACCGGGAAGUAGCUUCAUUGUUUUUUGUAUUUUCAGAUGUGGCCUGUAGUAAAGCGAUUGUAGUGCUUUGCAUUUAACAAUUUAACUUGCCACAGUAUUUUUAUUUUUGUUUUUUUAAACAACUUGCUACAGUUGUGGCACUCUAGUAUGCUAAUGAUUUUCCUGCAUAUUCUCGUGUAUUAUUGUGUGGAAUUCUAACAUAUCCAGGAAAGUUCAGUUUGCACUGUUAAC